AUGAAUACUGCAAAUAAAGCAACAAGAGUGACACUGCUAUUAGCUAAUGUUUGUUGCAGAAUACUGUUCUUUUAUUUCUUUUGGCUGGCCUCUGUGGAUGGAGAUAAAUCAUUAUAAAAUAGACAAUAUGCUUUUAUCAAUGAAAUGUGGGCUUGGGAAUAGUAUCCUUUCUCCUCCAUUCAAGCUUAUUCUUCAAGUGAAUGUCCUGAAGACUGGGUAUUACUCACCUCCUUCGAUUGGCCUGGUACCAAGGAGCAUUACAAUUCGAAGGGAGAGUUCAUACCAAAGCAAUCUUCAGAGACUUUUCACUAUUGGAGUACUACUGAAUACUAAACUGCCUUUAUUUUGUGUGGACAAUAAAUAAAACAAAACGUGAUUGAAACCGUCAAUUCCACAGAGACAUGCGAAGAUAGGAACAUGAAGGACUGUGGAAUAGACCAGAUGUAUUUUUGUAUAGAUUCUGAUCUGACUUGUCCAAUCAAUAGUAUAUCGCUCGAAAUGAAUGAUGGAAAAAUCUAGGUGAUUACAACCAACAAAGAAACCAACAACUAGAAUAUGCCCAUUAGUCUCAUUCGUAUAGAUUCAUAUAUACCUUGCGCUACUAAAAAUGAAACUAAUGCCUAACCAGAAGUAGAGUAUGACGAAAAUUUAGAUAAAUAACCUCAGUCCUGUUUGGAAUUGGACAAGGAGUACGUUGAAGCAAAUAGCAUUACAGAUCAAUUAUACUUUCAGAUUAACAAUGCUGGAGACAUCUUCAUUGAUUCAGAUGGAACAAAAAGUAUGUAUACUACCUAAAUAGCCCUGUUCUAUAAACCAUAUCCUUUUUGGAAUCAAAAUUGUAAUGGAGAAAUGUUUCUGAUAGCUUAAAAACAACAAGAUACACUUUUAAGUUAUAGAUAGACUGAAUAUGCGAAUUUCGUAUUGGUGAUUGCCUAUUUAUUAAUCUGCAAUUAUGGGAUACCCAUGAUCCCAUAUAUCUUUAGAUGCGUUGGUAUUAUUUGUGUAUGCAUGCAGGCCCUUUGAGUUUCAAGACUCUGACGUAUUUGGACUACUUGCUGAGACUGGCAUUAUCUUGCACAAUGACCUAUUUAUCAUUUGUUAAUUUAGAUUAUGGGAAGCAAUUGCUAGAUAGUUUGGAUUAGCUUUGGGGGAUGUAGUGCAUUAAAGAUGAAGAAGUAGUAAUUUAAGAUCAAUACAGACUAUUUAUGGUAGAUUUGCAGAUCAAAUUGAAAGUCAAAGAGCUUUGGAUAUUGUAGCUAUAACAUUUUCAUUCGUGCUAUGGGCGAUCGAAGGAUCAUUGUUGUGGCUGUUGGGUUGUUAAGAAACCAUCAAGUAAUGCAAGCGUGGGUAUAGAAGAUUAAAGAUUAAGAAGGAUGCCCAAAAUGCUUUUGAUACAUUAAAUCAAAGUCAAUAGGUAUGAUGAACAUUUAUUUAUAUAAUUUUAUUAUUAAAUGUUUAAAUUCGGAUAGGAGAAAUUCACCAAAAAGUCCUUGCCCAAGAAUUUCGCUGAUCAAAUUCUCAAUCUUGAAAUGGAAAUCGAAUUGAAUGAUCAAGUUUAGAUUGAACUCAUACAAGAUUUGAUCUCACUCUACAUGGUAAUCAUCCCACCUCAUUCCAUUUAGGAAGGAGUAGAAUAUUAUGAAUCCAUCAAGGAUAGAAGACACCUCUACUUUUAGAGAAAACUCAAUGCCUUGAUGUUGAAGCCCACCUUCAUUAAUGCAACCAACAAAUACGAGGAAUCCCAAAAACCCAAGGAUGACAAUCAAAUCAAAAGAGCCAAAUUUCAAGAAUAAACCAAAAGGAUCGAACUGGAUCUCAUCUACAGUCAAACUGAAUCCAAAGAGGUAUUCUAUUCAUUUUGUGAUUGAGGCUCAAGUUAAAGGAAUCGUUGACAGUCACACAAAUUAAGUCAUGAAAAUUGAGAGUCUCAUCAAAAAUGAAAUUGCCCAUUAAUCAGAUGCAUUCCAAAUGCGUCUAGAAAGAAGACGCAAAUCAAAAUUGACCCAUUCUCUCAGUCAACCUGAAAUUGAUCUGCAAUCUCAAAAAUCUGGUAAUAGCAAUAAGAAAAAAUAAAUUGAAUUGCAUGAAUAAGUAGGUAUUGAUUCCUUCAUUUCCCUUUUAGUUCAAAUCAAAUAGAUAAUACAUGAGGAAGAUGAAACUGCAGCGACCAGAAAAGAUUCCACAUUAUAAAAGAAUUAAGAAAAGAAAUGGGAAAUUAUCCAUUCUGCCUCAAUUAUGCAAGAGAAUAAGUAAUCUCCAAUUUAUUAAACCCCAGAAAGCGAACUAAUAGUUUGAUUUAAAGGAGAAGAUCUGUUUUUCUGACUACUAAACAAAUGACGUCCAUUAAAAGGUCCUGGAGUUGUGGAGCUACAAAGCCAUUAGAAGAAGAACCCCCCAAAAAGGAUAAAAAGGAAUGAC